ACCAUGAUUUCUUCAAUAGAUUUCUUUUGGACAAUGCCGUGAAGAUGUUAGGAUAUUCUGAUAGAAUUAGAUAUCUGUACAAGAUGGAAAAGAAAAGAAUGAGUGAAGGUUCAUUUUGGUUGGUUAAAGAUUCAGAUUUCAUGAAUUUAGUGAAGUGGCUUGGUGAUAAUAGGACAUCUGAACUGUAUUGCUUGCCUGUAGUUGAGAUUUUGGAGUUGCCUUGGUAUGAAAUAGAACAGAAGGAUGUUCGAGUGUUUGAUUGUGAGACUGGUGAGGAGUUGGUGAAGGUUCAAAAGUCUGGUGAAGCAUUGAAUGAGCAGCAACCAUGUUAUGCAAUUGAGAUUUUUGAUGAAUCAGUAGAAGGUGAUGACGUGUAUGUAGUUGAUGAAGUGGAUGACAUGGAAGCAGAUGAAGAGGAUGUUUAUACAGUGCAUGGAACAGAGCAUGAGUAUACAGAGGUUGAUUUUAUAGGGGCUGAAGUUGACUCACAUGAAUCAGAAGUGCAUGCUGCUGAACCAGAGAAACCACAUGAUGUUGAACCACAAUUGAGGUUUGAACAUGAGCUGCAUGACGCUGAACCACAGCAGGAGCUGCAUGCUGCUGAACAAGAGGUGCAGGCUGCUGAACAUGAUGUCGAAGCAGAGUUGCAGCCUGCUGAAAUUGAUGUGCAUGCUUCUGGACCACAGCAGCAGGCUCAGCAGGAGCUGCAUGCUGCUGAACAAGAGGCGCAAGCUGCUGAACAUGAGUUGCAUGAUGUCGAACCAGAGGUGCAGGCUGCUGAAACUGAUAUGGAGUUUGGUGAAGGUCCUAAGCUGGAUGAUGAAUAUGAGGAGGGUAUUUUGGGAGAGGAAUUCACUGAUUCGGAGUACGAGCAGGAAGAAAAUGUUGCUGUGGAGGAUAAUGAUGAAAACACAUAUUUCAGGUUGAGUGAAGGUUUUGACAUUGGUGCAAGUGGUGAGCAGGAAGGUGUAAGAGAUGUGCAGGAAGGGGAGGCAGCUGCUGGGGAAGAAUUUGGAACAGAAUACGAAGACUCCAGUGAGUAUAGAAGCUUACCCGGUGAUACCGAGGCUGAGGGAUUAUCUGCCAGAAGGAAGAAUGUGUGCUGGUUUAACCCUGCAACUGAUAUGGAAGAUCUACAGUUCAAGCUAGGGAUGAAAUUCGACAACGUCAAGAUUCUAAGGAAUGCAGUAGUUCAAUACUCAGUCAAAAAUUCCAGGCAACUGAGAUACGUGAAAAAUAUGAGGACACAGUUGAGAGUUCGGUGUCAAGAUAAUUGUCCUUGGGUUUUGUAUGCGUACCAACAACCUGACAAGAGUCUUAGAAUUAACACAUUUGUAGAUGAGCACACAUGUACCAUGGUGUGGCAAAAUAGAAGGGUUAAUUCAGGUUUUCUGGCAAAGAAGUACGUGAGAAAAUUUAGGUUUGAUCCAAACAUUCCAAUGAGUAGUUUUAUGGAGACUGUGAAAGAGGACUACAUGUAUGAGAUUUCAAAGCAUCAGUUCUACAGGACAAGAUCGAAAUGUGCAGAAGUUAUUAAUGGGAUUGUAGCUGAGUAGUACAAAAUUUUAU